CGCCUCACUAUUAUGCUGUCAAGGCCCAGGUGAGCUUUGCCUCCUGGGCGCCCGCCGCCUUCGCUGACAGUUGAGGGAGCGGGGGGGGGGGGCGACUCCCCUCCGCCUGUGGGGCCGCCGGGCCGCCAUGUUCUGCUACUCCGAGGGGCUGCUGGCCGCCUUCUCGACGGUGCUGCUGGCCGCGCUGGUGCUGAGCCGGAGCGCCGUGCUCUCCUGCCUGCUGACGGCGGGCCUCUACCUGGUGCUGCGCCUCUUCAGCCUCGAGCCGGCGCCGGUCCAGCGAGCCCGGCUGGUCGUCCAGCCGCGCGGCAACCCGGCACGCAUCGCGCACCGCGGCGGCGGACACGAUGCGCCCGAGAACACGCUGGCCGCCAUCAGACAGGCAGCUGAGAAUGGAGCAACAGGGGUAGAAAUUGACCUUGGAUUCACUGCUGAUGGCAUUCCUGUCCUGAUGCAUGACGACACUGUAGACAGGACCACGGAUGGGUCUGGAAACCUAAACAGCUUGACCUUUGCUGAUAUCAGAAAAUUUAAUCCAGCUGCUAAACAUAGAUUAUGGAGGGAUUAUCGUGGAGAAAAAAUACCAACUUUGAAAGAAGCUGUUUUGGAAAGUAUGCAUUACGAUCUCACAAUCUACUUUGAUGUCAAGGGCAGUGCAGACAAGGCAGUUGCAGCCCUAAAACCCCUGUACUUGGAAUAUCCUCGGCUGUACAACACUAGCAUCGUUUGCUCUUUUAUGCCGGACGUUGUCUAUAAGAUGAAGCAAGCUGAUAGGAAUGUUUUAACAGCUCUAACCCACCGACCAUGGAGCUUUAGUUACUUUGGAGAUGGGAAGCCUCGCUACACUUCCUGCUGGAAACAUUAUUUCAUGAUGAUGCUGGAUGUCAUUUUGGACUGGAGCAUGCACAACUUCCUGUGGCACUUCUGUGGGGUUUCCGUUUUUCUGGUGCAGAAAAAUUUCGUUUCACAGGAAUAUGUGAGACAGUGGUCUUCCAAAGGAAUUCAAGUUGUGGCUUGGACAGUCAACACAUUUGCUGAAAAAAUGUACUAUGAAAAUGUUCUCCAGGCCAGCUACAUCACUGACAGCUUAGUGGAGGACUGUGACCCUCACUUCUAGUCUUUAGCCUUUGCUGGAUUUUUUUGGGUUUCUUCUUUAAAGCAAACUGAAGUUUGUCAGCAGUGGAACUUCAAGGAUUCAUACUGAUUUUCUUGGGACUGAAUGAUCACAAUGCAAAGUGGAUCCAAAUGUUUCUUUUCAUCAUGCUGGAUGGUGUCUUAACAUUACAAUCAAUUUUAAUCCUAGCAAGAAGAACUGAGAGUCUAAGAGAGGGCUGUGCAGCCCUUUUAAAGAAUCAGGUUGGUUUAAUGCAGGUGUGGACUUGUAGAGGAUUGACACUUUUUUUCUAAAUUAAGCUGCUUUUUUUUGAAAUAAAUCAAUGCUAGGCCUUUACCAAUCA